GUAGUAGAGAAAUGAGCUGGAAAACUGAUUUUGUGUCUGUAGCAUCAGGUACUAUUUAACCAGUGGGAGGGACUGAUAAAAUUAGCAAGUUGACUAACCACUUCCCUUCCUUGUGGCCUUUUAAUAUUAUAACGGAUACAGAAAAGUUCAGAAGGACUGGCUAGUUUUUGAAACCACAGCACACUUUGGCAAGGAGGGACUACACAACAGAAUGGAUGGGGUGGCUGGACGGGAGCAGCUCUUGGCUCAGCAAAGAAUGCACAGUAUGAUCAGCUCAGUGGAUGUGAAGUCAGAGGUUCCUGUGGGCCUGGAGCCCAUCUCCCCCUUAGACCUAAGGACUGACCUCAGGAUGAUGAUGCCAGUGGUGGACCCUGUCAUCCGUGAGAAGCAGCUGCAGCAAGAGUUACUUCUUAUCCAGCAGCAGCAACAAAUCCAGAAGCAGCUCCUGAUAGCAGAGUUUCAGAAACAGCACGAGAACUUGACACGGCAGCACCAGGCUCAACUUCAGGAGCACAUCAAGUUGCAACAGGAACUUCUAGCCAUAAAACAGCAACAAGAACUCCUAGAAAAGGAGCAGAAACUGGAGCAGCAGAGGCAAGAACAGGAAGUAGAGAGGCAUCGCAGAGAACAGCAGCUUCCUCCUCUCAGAGGCAAAGAUAGAGGACGAGAAAGGGCAGUGGCAAGUACUGAAGUAAAGCAGAAGCUUCAAGAAUUCCUGUUGAGUAAAUCAGCAACGAAAGACACUCCAACUAAUGGAAAAAAUCAUUCCGUGAGCCGCCAUCCCAAGCUCUGGUACACGGCUGCCCACCACACAUCAUUGGAUCAAAGCUCUCCACCCCUUAGUGGAACUUCUCCAUCCUACAAAUAUACAUUACCAGGAACCCAGGAUGCCAAGGAUGAUUUCCCUCUUCGAAAAACUGCCUCUGAGCCCAACUUGAAGGUGCGGUCCAGGUUAAAACAGAAAGUGACAGAGAGGAGAAGCAGCCCCUUACUCAGGCGGAAGGAUGGAAAUGUUGUCACUUCAUUCAAGAAGCGAAUGUUUGAGGUGACAGAAUCCUCAGUCAGCAGCAGUUCUCCAGGAUCUGGUCCCAGUUCACCAAACAAUGGACCAGCUGGAAAUGUUACUGAAAACGAGACUUCGGUUCUGCCUCCUGCUCCUCAUGCUGAGCAACUGGUUUCACAGCAACGCAUUCUAAUUCAUGAAGAUUCCAUGAACCUGCUAAGUCUUUAUACUUCUCCUUCUUUACCCAACAUUACUUUGGGACUCCCGGCAGGGCCAUCCCAGCUCAACGCUUCAAAUUCUCUCAAAGAAAAGCAGAAGUGUGAGGCGCAGACACUCAGGCAAGGUGUUCCUCUGCCUGGGCAGUAUGGAGGCAACAUCCCGGCGUCUUCUAGCCAUCCUCAUGUGGCUUUAGAGGGAAAGCCCAACAGCAGCCACCAAGCUCUCCUGCAGCAUUUAUUACUGAAAGAACAAAUGCGACAACAAAAGCUUCUUGUGGCCGGUGGCGUUCCCUUACAUCCACAGUCUCCCUUGGCAACAAAAGAGAGAAUUUCGCCUGGGAUUAGAGGUACCCAUAAAUUGCCCCGUCACAGACCCCUGAAUCGAACCCAGUCUGCACCUUUGCCUCAGAGCACAUUGGCUCAGUUGGUCAUUCAGCAGCAACACCAGCAGUUCUUGGAGAAGCAGAAACAAUACCAACAGCAGAUUCACAUGAACAAACCAGCAAGGCAACAGCUCAACUUUGCUGGAGGAUCACCUCCAGAUGUCCAACCAAAGAGAGACCUUGCUACCCCACUGAGACUGCUUUCGAAAUCUAUUGAACAACUGAAGCAACCUGGCAGGCACCUUGAGGAAGCAGAGGAAGAGCUUCAGGGGGACCAGGCGAUGCAGGAAGACAGAGCGCCCUCUAGUGACAACAGCACUAGGAGCGACAGCAGUGCUUGUGUGGAUGACACAGUGGGACAAGUUGGGGCUGUGAAAGUCAAGGAGGAACCAGUGGACAGUGAUGAAGAUGCUCAGAUCCAGGAAAUGGAAUCUGGGGAGCAGGCUGCUUUUAUGCAACAGCAGCCCUUCCCGGAGCCCGCGCACACGCGUGCGCCCUCGGCGCGCCAGGCCCCGCCGGCCUCGGUGGGCACCGACGCCCUGGAGAAGCCCCGGCUGCUCUCGCGGGCGCACUCCUCCCCCGCCGCCUCCGUCCUACCCUACCCGGCAGCGGACCGCCCCCUCCAGCCUGGCUCUGCGACUGGAAUUGUCUAUGACACUCUGAUGCUGAAACACCAGUGCAUUUGUGGCAAUUCCACCACCCACCCGGAGCACGCUGGACGAAUACAGAGCAUCUGGUCACGGCUUCAAGAAACUGGGCUCCUAAAUAAAUGUGAGCGCAUUCAAGGUCGAAAAGCCAGCCUGGAGGAAAUACAGCUUGUUCAUUCUGAACAUCACUCACUAUUGUAUGGCACCAGCCCCCUGGACGGACAGAAGCUGGACCCCAGGAUCUUCCUAGGUGAUGACUCUCAAAAGUUUUUUUCCUCAUUACCUUGUGGUGGACUUGGGGUGGACAGUGACACCAUUUGGAAUGAGCUGCACUCGUCCGGUGCUGCACGCACGGCUGUUGGCUGUGUCAUCGAGCUGGCUUCCAGAGUGGCCUCAGGAGAGCUGAAGAAUGGAUUUGCCGCUGUGAGACCUCCAGGUCAUCAUGCUGAAGAAUCCACAGCCAUGGGGUUCUGCUUUUUUAAUUCAGUUGCAAUUACCGCCAAAUACUUGCGAGACCAACUAAAUAUAAGCAAGAUAUUGAUUGUAGAUCUGGAUGUUCACCAUGGAAACGGUACACAGCAGGCCUUUUAUGCUGACCCCAGCAUCCUGUACAUUUCACUUCAUCGCUAUGAUGACGGGAACUUUUUCCCUGGCAGUGGAGCCCCAAAUGAGGUUGGAACAGGUCUUGGAGAAGGAUACAAUAUAAAUAUUGCCUGGACAGGUGGCCUUGACCCUCCUAUGGGAGAUGUUGAGUACCUCGAAGCUUUCAGGACUGUCGUGAUGCCUGUGGCCAAAGAGUUUGAUCCAAACAUGGUCCUAGUUUCCGCUGGAUUUGAUGCAUUAGAAGGCCACACCCCUCCUCUGGGGGGGUACAAAGUAACAGCAAAAUGCUUUGGUCAUUUGACAAAGCAGUUGAUGACACUGGCUGAUGGACGUGCGGUGUUGGCUCUCGAAGGAGGACAUGAUCUCACAGCCAUUUGUGAUGCCUCAGAAGCCUGUGUCAAUGCCCUGCUAGGAAAUGAGCUGGAACCGCUUGCUGAAGAUAUUCUCCACCAAACUCCGAAUAUGAAUGCUGUGGCUUCUUUACAGAAGAUUAUUGAAAUUCAAAGUAAGUACUGGAAGUCGGUCAGGAUGGUGGCUGUGCCAAGGGGCUGUGCUCUGCCUGGUGCUCAGCUGCAAGAGGAGUCAGAGACUGUUUCUGCUCUGGCCUCCCUGACGGUGGAUGUGGAACAGCCCUUUGCUCAGGAAGACAGCAGAACUGCUGGUGAGCCCAUGGAAGAGGAGCCAGCCUUGUGAAGUGCCAAGUCUCCCCCAAUAUUUCCUGUGUGUGACAUCAUUGUGUACCCCCCACUCCUGCACCCUCAGACAUGUCUUGUCUGCUGCCUGGGUGGCACAGAUUCGAUGAAACAUAAACACUGGGCACACAAUUCUGAACAGCAGCUUCACUUGUUCUUUGGAAAGACUUGAAAGGGCAUUAAAGAUUCCUGAAACAUAACCGCUGUGAUUCUAAAGUUACAGUAAACCACUAUUGGAAGAAACUGCUUCCAGCGUGCUUUAUUAUGCUGAGUGACCCACUCCCGGACAGAGUCUGAAUUAGGAACAUCCAGGACAGCAUUAGAUCCUGUUAAUUUCAGAAGCUAAGACAGCCAGUGAAAUUUUGGGCAAAACCCAAGACACUCAUUCCUAACAUUCUGAUCAGGUUUUUAUUGGAUAAUUUUUGGUUUUUGUCAAACAGUCUUAAAUUGUUUAUAGGAUUUGCUUUCAGCUAUGAACAGAUAGCAAGUUCAGGAAGAUCGUAGAG